AUGUCAAGCUCUGAUAGCGAUAGAUUUGAAGAACUAUCAUCUUCAUCAUCAUCAUCAUCUCAAUCAACCAUCCCAAAAUCAAACAGUUCAAAAUUACCAACGAUUUCAAUCUCAAAACCAGAAAGUCAAACAGACGAAGAAGAGGAAGAAGAAGAAGAAGGAUCAUUAAUAUUUCAUGAUACAGUAACAGAUCCAAUAGAACAUUUGAUCAGUUCAAUUGAAAAACUUAAAACAAAUGGAAACCUUCAAUUUAGUAGACGAGAUUGGCAAAAAGCGUUAAAUAGUUAUAAUGAAGCUUUACUUGAACUACCUCCAAUUGGAAAAAGUCAUGAUGAAUCCGAAACACAAAAUACCUCACUAUCACUUGGAAAUGAAGGAUUCUCAGAUGAUCGAAAUGAUGGGAUAAAUGAUGAAACUCAUCAUGAACCUAGGCAAGGACCAUCAAAUGAAAACAAACUGGAUCAUCAAAUCAAAUCGGAACAAUCGAAUUUAGACCCUCGUUUAUGUAAUUUACGAGCUACUCUUAACGCAAAUAGUGCUGCCUGUCAUCUCAAACUUGAAGAUUGGAAGUCUGCCGUGGAGGCAUCUACAGCUUCUCUACGAGAUGAUCCAGCCUAUCAAAAGGCUUUACAUAGGCGAGCGCAAGGAAAUGAGAAGUUGGAUACCUGGGCAUCUUUACAAGCCGCAUUAGAUGAUUAUAAUACACUAGCCAAUCUUCCAGAUCUACCUGUAUCACUCCUUAAAGAAAUUAGAUUGGCUCAAGCUCGAUUACCUUUAUUGAUUUCCGAAAGAAGUGAAAAAGAAAAAGCCGAGAUGAUGGACAAACUUAAAACUCUUGGGAAUACUGUUUUAGGAAAAUUCGGGCUUUCAACUGAUCAUUUCAAAUUCACACCUAAUGAGACCGGUGGUUAUUCUAUGUCAUUUGAACGUUGA